AACUUAACAGUGUAACAUCCAGCGGAAGUAAACAACACAGGAGCUAGUCACUUAGGUUGCUAGGUGUCCUGUGCUUGGAAGAAGUCUCUCAGUAGGACAGUAAUACAUCUCACUUGUAAUUAAACAACAAUGUCUUCAGUUGAGUGUUUGAGAGAGUUCAUCAACGAGCGACUAACUGCUGCUGCUGAAGAAAUAUUCGGAGUUUUUCAAAAAACUAUCGUCAAUUACGAGGAAGAGAUCAAUCGUCAACGCAGACUGCUGGACAUCAUUUGGAAACCUGAAAUAAAGUUACACAGAAUAGAGCUCCCACAGCAACAUGUCUGUAAGGAGGAUCUUGCUGACCAGCAGCUAUUUAACCAGGAGAGGAACUCCAGUCUGGACCAAGAGGACCCAGAGCCUCCACAGAUUAAAGACGAACAGGAUGAACUCUGCAACAGUCUGGAGGGAGAGCAGCUGGUGCUGAAGCAGGAGACCAAAACCUUUAUGUUGACUCCUACUUGUGAGGAAAGUGACAACAGUGAAGAUCAGACUCUGGACUUGAGUCCUGAUGAAACUCAGAGUGCAACAGAAAAUGAGCAUGUUGUCAGCAUGUCAGUUAAAAGCUCAGUGGUACCAGAACCAAACAGUGAUGACCAACUCCUCUCUCACAACUCUCAUGUAGCUGAGAGCCAAGAUCACAAAGGAGGCAAACAAGGAGACUCAGGAUCAACUGGGAAUACGGAGACAAAACCCCAGAAGAGCCAUCAUAAAAGUAAAAAAAAAAAAAGGACUCAAUUGAAUAACCACACAGGUAAAAAGGUGUUGAAUUGUGACACUUGUGGGAGAGCUUUUAAGCGUGUUUCCCAUUUGAAUAGACAUCGCAAAGUCCACACAGGCGAGAGGCCGUACCCAUGUAACACUUGUGAGAAAAGAUUCUUUGAGCUGAAUAUAUUAAAAGUGCAUAUGAGAAUCCACACAGGUGAGAGGCCGUACCCAUGUACCUUUUGUGAGAAAAGAUUUACUUAUCUGUACGCAUUAAAAGCGCAUACGAGAAUCCACACAGGUGAGAAGCCAUACAAAUGUAACACUUGUGAGAAAAGAUUCAUUGAGCAGAGUUCAUUAAAAGCGCAUAUGAGAAUCCACACAGGUGAGAAGCCGUACCCAUGUACCUUUUGUGAGAAAAGAUUUACUUAUCUGUACGCAUUAAAACUGCAUAUGAGAGUCCACACAGGUGAGAAGCCGUACAAUUGCAAAACUUGUGGAAAAGAUUUCUCACGUGGAGAUUAUUUGAAGAUUCACAUGAGAACACACAGUGGGAAAAGAUUGUCAGAUGUCUGACUUGAAAAGACACAUUAGAAUUCUCCAGAUGAGAAGCCGUAUCAUUGGAAAACAUGAGGGAGAGCUUUGUGUUGACUUGACAAUCUACAUGAGAACCUGCUGCAACACAGAGAAGAUUCUGUCAUGUGUGAAGUGGAGAAGCAUAUAAGAUUACCACACAUGCCUGUAGCCUUGUAUGUGUGAAACAUUACAUAUGAUUCAGUUAUAAAACAAUCACAUAAUGGCAGCACAUGUUGACAAAAAAUAAACAGGACAAACAAUUGAGCUGAAACUCCUGUAUGCAAGUGUUCACCAACAUCUUUAUAAAUGAAUGUAAAAUAUUCUCCAUGAAGAAGAGUUCAGAAUAUCUUCAUGUAAGCUGUACAUUGUCAACAGUGUCUUUUUGUCUGCAGUUUUUUUUUUAAAUUUUAUAAUUUUAAUGUGUUUUCCCCCCGGUUUAACCUGAGAAAAAAUGUUAAUGUUAAUUGUCAACAGUGCUAUCAAGUGUAUUCAAACUACAACCUGUUUUUUUUUUUUUCUUCAUGUUACUGUAACUACUAAUUUUACUGUUCACUCCAGCAUUUCAUUGACAAAUUUGGAUGCGGUAUAGUUUCAUAUUGGGCCUCUAAGUUGUCAUUUAGUCAACUAGAGUCUUCUUGUCUGCAGUGUUUUUUUUAAAUUUUAUCAUUUUAAUGUAUUUUCCUCCCAGUUUAACCUGAGAAAAAAUGUUAAUUGUUUGCUGCUUUAGUGAUGACGCACAAAUUACAGAUGAUGUUUUGAUGUUGAGAUUCUUUUUGUUUUUGUUUUCAAUCUUAUAAUUUGUUUGUAUUUUUUCCCAGUUUAACUUGAGAUAAAAUGUUUGUUGUUUUCUGCUUUAGAGAUGAAACACAAUUUGUAGAUGAUGUACGACAGGCCAAUGGCUCCUCAAGAAACAACACAUGAUUUUUGUGUGUGUCCCUCUAGUUAUAGUGAUGAACUGCACAGGUCUAUAGGUCAACAUGGAAAGCUGCUAUCUUUUACUGUGGUUAGUAUACUGCCUUAAAUCAAGAAGUCUCCACUGCAGAAAAAGAGUGAAGCUACUAUGUAACUAUGUUAAUCAACAAAAACAAAAGAAAAUAAAACAGAACAAACAACAACAAAAAAAGAGCUUUGAAAUAAAUGUCCAAUACAAAAUGUUGCAUUUCUUUGAGUAAUUGAUGUCAAAACUGCACAAAAUGGAUAAAUUCAAGUGCAAGUACCUUGAACCUUUAUGAAUGAAUUUUCUCAUGUCCGAGUUACGAGUUCUUAUGUCUAGUUUAAACACAAAACCUCUGUGCAGUUACUGCUGCUAAUUUAUAA